CCGUAUCCACAUAGUUUGGUCUGCUGCUUGAUAGGUCGUUGGUUCGAAACCUGUCUGAAUUAUCCCGAUGAUAACAGUAAAGGGAUUUUGCCUGAAGUCAGCCACAGUUAUUUUGUUGAACCCGUCAAUUUCUUUAACAGUUAUCAGCGAACUCUCCUUUGGAGCAGAAACCUGGCCAAAAAAUAAGCAAAGGUGUAACUGAGAAAUUGAUACUUUUAUUUUAGUACCUCUUCAGUUACAUAUAAUAACUCUAUUUAUUUGUGUCUACGAGACUUAUGUAUGGACACCUGUUUCUAUUUAAAUAGCCACAACUCAUUAAUAGAUAAAUUAGUUCUAAUUACAUCGGUGGCGAUCAGAAGAAAACAUGCAAACGGUCACUAUUUUAUCGGUUGUAUUGUGCAGCUUUUUGCUGUUGCAUGUUGCCUCAGCUAUUCCAGUCGUCGAAGCUGAAUUAAACGAUCCACCUCAGGUUCAGCAGCCUGAAGAUCCCGAAAUAGUAAAAAAUAAAAACAACGACAUUGAGAUCGAUGCCUCGAUUCAAUCCAAUGCUUAUAUCGAAGUUUCUGAGUCGGUGGCCCGGAAUUUACUGAAGACCGUGUUUGAAGUUUUCCAAAAAAUUCAGAUUUCUGGCCAAACCACAGUGCAAAGCCAAGUUCAUGGGCGUAAUGUGAAACCGGUCAACGUACACGAAGAUGCUAAACCAGAGGCUCGUGCCUUUUGUAAUAUAAGCGUCUGCAACUACCACUGCUUCUCAUAUGGCUACCGUGGCGGGUUCUGUAACAUGUGGUCCACCUGUGUUUGCUAUUAAAACUAUUUACCGUUUAUGUAUUAAAAAACAAUAGUAAAAAUAUAAUACAAAGUGUUUUUUUGUUUUCAUUACGAAA